AUGGGUAAAGUAGAUGAUGAGUUACCUGUUACCUGCGCGCAGGUGCGCUCCGUCCUCCUGAUGCUGCAGGAGCACGCAGAAUAUUGUGGGUGUCUUAAUGGUGGCUGGUGCCAGGAGGAAGGACGCUGUGAUUGUGCUCAGUUCCAGGGUCUCGGGGAUCGCUGUCAAAUCAUUCCCAACCAUGGUCAGGACAGGGAUGGGAUUUGCCGUUCAUGGGGUCAGCAUCAUUUUGAGACCUUUGAUGGAAUGUAUUACUACUUCCCUGGAACCUGUUCGUUUAUCCUGGCCAAAGACUGCCAUUCCACAGAGCCCCAGUAUACAGUGUGGGUUCAUAACAGUCGUUCAUGUAGAGCUUCAGUGUAUUCAUGUCCACGUGGUCUGAGUCUGUUCUUCCCAAAUGAAGAGGAAAUCUAUAUUAGUGGUUAUCAGGUGCUAAAGGGAGGACACAGACUGAGUCUGCCACAGACAGUGCGUAAUGUUUUCAUUGAGCGCUUGGCUGACUAUAUCCUGGUGAAGAGCACGUUUGGCUUCUCUCUGGCGUGGGACGGAAGCUCUGGAGUCUACCUCAAAAUGACCGAAGCACACAAAGGAAGGCCUUGUGGUCUGUGUGGAAACUAUAAUGAUGACGGAUCGGAUGAUCUCAGCAGCAGCCGCGGUACAGUCUCUGAAGACAUUGCUGAAUUUGGGAACAGCUGGACAGUAGAUUUGCCCCAAGAGAGACCCUGUCCUGAGGUUGAUCAUGAUUUCCCUGGACCUUGCUCAUCUGAGUCAGAUAUGGAUGAUGCCAUCAGCAAAUUCAGGACAAUUAUAUCAAAGCUGAGCAGAGUUGGAUACUCAGUCAAUCCCACUGUUGUCUAUUUAGAGAUGAAUUGUAUAGUCUCUGAAGACAUUGCUGAAUUUGGGAACAGCUGGGCAGUAGAUUUGCCCCAAGAGAGACCCUGUCCUGAGGUUGAUCAUGAUUUCCCUGGACCUUGCUCAUCUGAGUCAGAUAUGGAUGAUGCCAUUGAGAAGUGCAGCGCAUUGCUUUUCUUUCCUUUCAUCUCCUGCCAUGAGAACAUUGACCCAAAUCCAUUUGUUGCCAGCUGUGUUUCGGACAUGUGUGUGUCAGAUGAUGAGGAGACAUUUUGUCGGACUCUUGUUGAGUACACCAGGGCCUGUUCUCAUGUGGGAUACCCCGUCAGAGAGUGGAGGGACAGUUUUCCUACAUGCGCGGACAGAUGUGAGGAUAGUUUUGUCCACAGAGACUGUAUCAGCUGCUGCCCACCUACAUGCAUGUUUGAGAAAGAGUGUUUGGGAACCAAUCUACACUGUCUGGAUGGAUGCUACUGCCCGGAUGGUUUGAUCUUACAGAAUGGCACCUGUAUAGCAGUGUCUCAGUGCCCCUGUGUGUACCAUGGUACACCAUAUCCUCUUGGUCAUGUAUUGGAGCAGGGCUGCACUGUCUGUGUCUGUAUGGGAGGAGUGUGGAACUGCACAGAGAAUAAUUGCACUGCGGAAUGCACAGUAAUGGGUGACGCACAUGUGACCACUUUUGAUGGGCGGAUCUUCAUGCACAUGGGCUCUUGCCAGUAUGUGCUAGUGAAGAGCCGCGGCAGCGCCAAGUUUACUGUGACACUACAGUACACAGCCUGUGGAGAGUCUCAGGAGCACUCUUGCAUCCACUCAGUGGCUCUGGUGGUGGAUGAAGAUGUCAGCAGGCAGGUCACUCUCACCAGAGAGGGGGAAGUUGUUAUUGGGGCCAGUAUGGCUGUCAAUUUGCCUUACUCAGAUGACAUGGUGAACAUUCGCCGGCUGACAUCUUUGUUUGUGGGUCUGCGGUCUGUCUUUGGCCUGAGGUUUCAGUAUGAUUGGCAGGGUGGACGAAUCUACCUUCAGCUAGACAGCACCUGGAUGGGCUCCACACUCGGCCUAUGUGGGACCCUCAACGGAAACCUACGGGAUGAUUUCCUUUCUCCUGCUGGAAUGAUUGAAGGAACCCCACAGCUGCACGUCAAUGCCUGGAAAGUGUCUUCAGCGUGCAUAAGCCCUGUUAACAUUCCUAUUAUCGACCCCUGUGAAAUGAACCAACAAAAUGUGUUUUAUGCUGCCCGGUGUGAUGUGCUUUUGGAGGAAGUGUUUGCGGCGUGCCAUGCAUAUGUUAGUCCCAGCAUGUACCACCAGCAGUGCCGCUACCAGGCCUGUCGAUGUGGCAGCACCUGCCUCUGCAUUGCUCUGUCCCACUACGCAUACAUCUGCAACAAGCAUAAUGUCACCGUCAACUUCAGAGCACACGUCUCUGAGUGUGGUAUGGUGUGUUUAGGAGGGAUGAUGUAUCACCCAUGCACAUCAUCAUGCGGGAAGACGUGUCAGUCAAUCAGCAGUGGUGAAGUGUGUGAUGGGGACUGUGCUGAAGGAUGCAGCUGCACCGAGGGAACAUUCUACGAUCACGCUCGCCAGCGCUGUGUGCUGCUACUUUCAUGUGAUGCUAAAAAGGUUUUUGUUUCAGUGUUUUAUGCUGCCCGGUGUGAUGUGCUUUUGGAGGAAGUGUUUGCGGCGUGCCAUGCAUAUGUUAGUCCCAGCAUGUACCACCAGCAGUGCCGCUACCAGGCCUGUCGAUGUGGCAGCACCUGCCUCUGCAUUGCUCUGUCCCACUACGCAUACAUCUGCAACAAGCAUAAUGUCACCGUCAACUUCAGAGCACACGUCUCUGAGUGCGGUAUGGUGUGUUUAGGAGGGAUGAUGUAUCACCCAUGCACAUCAUCAUGCGGGAAGACGUGUCAGUCAAUCAGCAGUGGUGAAGUGUGUGAUGGGGACUGUGCUGAAGGAUGCAGCUGCACCGAGGGAACAUUCUACGAUCACGCUCGCCAGCGCUGUGUGCUGCUCUCCCAGUGUCACUGUUAUUUCAUGGGUUCAGUCUUUCAGCCUGGUGAAGUGUCCUUCAGCUCAUCUGGACCAUGUCUCUGUAGAAAUGGUCGUAUGGAGUGUGUGCCUGAAGAGAAAGAGCCUGAGAGAGGAGAUUGUCCCAAUGGAAAAGUCUACUAUAGCUGCAGGGGUCAGAGUGGGCGUGGACCUUCAGGUGUGGGCGUGGCCUGUGAACUGACCUGUCGAAACCUGAUGCUGAACCUGACCUGCCCUCCCAUGACCCCAUGUGUACCAGGAUGUGGAUGUCCUGCUGGGCUAGUGGCUCAUAAUGGAGAAUGCUAUUACCCGGAGAACUGCCCUUGUGCAUGGCUCGGUCUAGAGUAUCUCCCUGGAGAGACAGUGGACACUCCAUGCUACCGCUGUGUGUGUCAUCGUGGGUUCUUUAACUGCACAUAUUUGCCAUGUCCAGCGGUGUGCACCAUUUACAGCGACCGACAUUACCACACAUUUGAUGGCCUGGAGUAUGAUUAUGUCAGCGACUGCCAGGUUUACCUGGUCAAGAGUGUUGGUGAGACUGAGGUGUCCAUCAUGGCUCAAAAUAAAGAUUGCUACGAAAGUGGCAUUGUCUGCAUGAAGUACCUGCUCAUCUAUGUUGGACUUACUAAAAUCUACUUCAGUGACAACUCUGGUAAACCUAGCUCUUCUACUGUUGUGGGAAGAGGAUAUGAGUUUCAGUUAUGGGGUGCGGGAUACUACACUGUGGUCCACUUUCCUGCUCAAGAUCUGACCAUUUUAUGGGACCGCAAGACCACUGUCCAUAUUCGUGCUGGACCCCAGUGGAAGGGUCAGAUGAGUGGUUUGUGUGGAAACUUUGACAUGGUAACAGUUAAUGACAUGACCACGGCUGGACAUAUGGAGGUCAGUAACGCACAGGCCUUUGGAGACAGCUGGGCUGUUGGACAGUGUGAGAGCGACUUUGUAGUUCACAGACCGUGUGAAGGAGAUCUCAGUCGGCAGCCGUAUGCUAAGCGGGAGUGUGGCCUUCUCUACAGUGACGUAUUUGCUCCAUGCCACAAUGUGGUGGAUGUGACCUGGUUUUAUAAGAACUGUCUGACGGACACCUGCAACUGCAACCGUGGGGGUGACUGUGAAUGUCUGUGCACCAGCAUUGCAGCAUAUGCACACAAAUGCUGUCAAAAUGGUGUCACAGUGAACUGGAGAUCCCCCACCGUGUGUCCAUAUGACUGUGAAUAUUACAACCAAGAGUUGGGAGAGGGUCCGUUCACUCUGUCCAGCGCAGAGCAGAAUGACUCUGCAUGUGUGUUUGGGGCAAAUGUGAGCAGUGGUGAAGUGUUUCCCCUCCUGAGGACCAAUGCUCAACCCAGCACCAUUUUCCACUUCAUGAUCACAACUGGACUAUAUAAGGACCGAGCUUCCAGACUUCCUGUUGCUUCACUGGAGUCUGCAGAGAGGCCCAACUACUUUCUGUGUGUUACUGGGAACCGUGGGUUGCGAUUGGAACACUGGCAGCCUGGGGAAGAGUUCAGACGGAAGGCGACCUUCAUCCACCACCAGGGUCUGUGGUUACCUGGGCGAUCUUCCUUUGAGUUGCACAGUCAGAAGGGUGUCUUCCUCACUCUUUCUCAUACACAUGCACGUGUUCAGAACUACGACCACUCAUACACCUUCAAAAUCAGCAGCAGUUUUAUCAUUGAGGAGAGCAGUUUUGUGAUCCCCUACCGCUUGAUGUGCGAGUGGAAGUAUCAUGCAUGUGCCAGCCCAUGUGUGAAAACAUGCAACGACCCCGAUGCCACACGCUGCCAGUUUUUACCUCCAGUUGAAGGUUGUUUUCCACGUUGUCCCAAGUCUAUGCUGUUGGACGAAGUGACCAGGCGGUGUGUUUACAAAGAAGACUGUGUGAUACUGUCUCCAACUCCGACUCCUUACAUGUUCGUGACCCGAUCAAACAGAACCACGGCGACUCCAGCCUCUGCUCCCACAACCACAACAGCUCCCUCCACCACAACGGCAACACCAAGCACCUCUCCGAGCACAACUGCCAGUACUACAAUCAUAACUACACCUUUGGAAACAGAUGAUUUAAUUGCCAGCCCAACUACACCCACAUUACCACCAACCACAGUCUCUUCAACUUUGGCUGCCACCACCUCCACUGAAACUCCCACAACUCCCUCUCCACCAACCACAGAACCCCCUCUAGUCAGCACUGCCCCACCCACCACCACAGCCACGCCCACUACAGAGCCCAUAACAACAGUUUUAACCACUUUAUUAUCUACCUCGACCACAGAGAUGCCAACCACACCCGAGGCCACCACCGAACCAGAGACAACGUCUCCAACAACCACCGUCCUGCCUGUUACAACCACCACUGUCAUUACAACCGAGACCACAACGUCAGAACCGACUUUAACAACCUUCACCACUGAGACAAGAUCUGUCUCCACAACAACCGAGGAGCUCUCAACUACCACAGCAGCCGUACCAACAACCUCUGAGAUAUUGCCUUCACCCUCCCCUUCACCGGAGACAACAGGAAUAACAACAGUGCUUCCUCCGUUCCUUCUACCCACAGGGCCUUGCACGCCUCCUUAUUCAUUACGUGUGGAUGAGUGCAGUGAGUACAUCUGCUUUAAUGGACAGCUGAUGCUGCAUAAUUCCUCUCAGCACUGCAGAUACAACAUCAGCCAGCCACAGUGCAACCUGCUGGGCACACCGAUCCAGACCAACACAGACCCCUGCUGCCCACUGUGGCAGUGCCCAUGUCGCUGCUCUAUAAUCUCUGACCUGCGUGUGAUCACGUUUGAUGGGAAUAAUGUGGCUCUGUAUGAUAUUGGUUCUUAUAUUCUGGUCCACCUGCCCAGAGAGAAAAUAGUCGGUCACAUUGAGAAAUGUCCAACCAGUGAGAGUGUGAACUACAUCAGAAGACCUACUCCCUCUGGUGGAACCUCUGGUCUGUGUUUUAAGAAGCUGAACAUUACAACUCAAUCGUAUAGAAUUAUGGUCAACCGCUUGGACCGGAAGGUUUCGGUGAAUCAGAUUACGGCACGGCUUCCUCUUACAAGGCAGAACCUCCAUAUUGAUGACACCGGGACCAUGUACAUCAUUAAUACACCUGGUGGAAUCAAUAUAAAGUGGUACCACAGCACUGGCAUCAUGGUCCUACAGUACACGGCUCCUGAUAACACCUCCACUAGGGGGCUCUGUGGAUGUUGUGAUGGUAAUCCAGCGGAUGACCUGCGGCUGCCCAAUGGUACAGUGGUCCGGGAUAUUGAGGACAUCCCAGUAUUUCUGCACGGAUGGAUGGUGGAUACGUCAGAGGAUACAGAUUACUUCCGCAGAGUGGGAGACAACUGCACCACCGGCAACUGCUCCAAAUGUUUCACCAUGCUCAACCAGAGACCUUUCUCUAAAUGUCACCACAAGGUUUCUCCAGAACACUUCUGUGAUAAGAUAUGGGCUGGUGACCUACAUUAUAAAGAGCAUGAGUGUGACUUCCUGGCUGCUUAUGUGGCCAUUUGUUACACGCAUCAGAUCUGUUUCAGCUGGAGGAAAAGCAACUUCUGCCCACUCAAAUGUCCUCCUGGUAAAGAAUAUAAACCCUGUGUGAAUACAUGUAAGACUCGGACUUGUCAAAACCGAGAUUACUAUGAGGAAAGCAUCUGUUCUUCUAUCAGAGAGGAGUGCGUUUGUAAAAGCGGUACCAUCCUGCACCGAGCAGACUCUGCCUUCUGUGUCACCGAGGACCAGUGCGUGUGUACGGGUAACGAUGGUGCUCCACGCGCCCCGGGUGAGGUGUGGAACGGCUCUCUGCGUGGCUGCUGUCUGUUCAAGUGUCUGGAGAAUGGUAGUGUGGUUCCUGUAGAACCCGACUGCAGUUAUGAACCUGCUCCGCUGUGUGAGAGGGAGGGAGAGUAUGCAGUCGAUGUGCUGGAGGAAGGAGUCUGCUGUCCUAAGAAGAUCUGUGAAUGUAACCUCACCAUCUGUCAGAGUGAAGUGCCCAGCUGUGAGAAUGGAGACAAGCUGGUGAUUGGUUACAGCACUCUGUCCUGCUGUCCUGAAUACAGAUGUGAAUGUGAUCUGCUGGCAUGUCAGAGUGUUCCUGCCCCUAUCUGCAGAGAAGAUCAAUUCCUGGUGGAGGUCAGAGGGGCACAAGCUUGCUGCUACAGCUACAUGUGUGCAUCAGGUUUAUGUCCCAUCAUCUGA